GAAAGUUUGCAUUUGACAUUUCAAGUCCAUUAUACAACAAAAACAUUUCAGCUAUGCUUUGUGAAUUGUGGUCACAUACAAAUUGCUGUUUUACAUAUGUUUAUCGUUUAAUUUUGCCUGUUUCGGUAAUUAUGAGGAUAGUCUGAAACAAAACUAAUUAUCCGACCUGGUUAGCGACUAUUAGUGAAUCGUCUUGAGAAAUUGACGACACCAUGUGUGACAAUCAGACGCCUUUCACCUAUUUUCGCUUCUAGGGAAAAGGUGUGACCCGUAUUUUAAAGUCGAUUUCGGUUAACAGAAUGUGCGUUACCGUAAUUCUUUCGAAAUAAAAGUAUUUUGGUUGUCGUACAUACAUAAAUAAAAUGUGUUAACCUCAAAAUGUGGCCAAGACUAAUAAGUUUUUAAACAAUUUCUUAACUUCAAGAAUAAUGUGGAAUGUGCUGCUGUUGGUAUGCAGUAGCGUGGUAAUUCUGAUUGCUGUUGGUUUGUGUUUGUGUGGGAGAAGAAAAACGCAAAAAAAUGACUGGCUAGGGCUUGAUGGCAUGGUAACGCAAAAGAAUCCUGAUGAGAAUGUCAAUCAUUUACCUUCUGCAAAUGCACAGAGUGCCCCUGAUGGCAUUUAUACCGCUACCACUAUUGCUGGCAGUGAUGCUAAUAAUGAAAGAAGGUCUCAAGUGGGGAGCAACCCCCGAAGAAGUCUCCCGGACAUUCCAUUAGAAGGUGUACGAGACGUGGAUGGGGUGGCUUACGAGCCCAGUGGUGACAAUUUUUCUGAAUUAUAUGCCACAGUUGAACCAUACCAAAAUGGAGCUAAAGCACACAUGUUAUCAAAUAGUGCACCCUCACGUCCCAGUAUAUCGCAGCACAGUUCAAUAAGCCAAGCUGACGAGGCCCUUUCGCCUUAUGCAAGGGUCAGGGAGCAUCCCUACGACAAAUUACGUAAGACUGAACACCCCUAUGCAAGUGUCAAGUCUGCCAGUCAAGAACAUGAAGAUCCGGACAGUUCUGGCGAGGCCACACCACGUACGAGUCUUCUGAGGAGCGAAAAUAGUCAGAAUAUGGUGGAACCUGUGGCACCCCCGAGGUCACGAAGGUCGUCCUCGCAUAACUCCACAUGUGCCGACAUCCCUGCAGCCUCUGCUGUGGCCGGGGGUAUCCCCGCGAAUCAAGAACUACCUUAUAUGACUCCUCCUAUUGCUCAGACCAACUUUAGUGGAGAUUCACAAGACUCAUCGAAAGGGUACACUAGUAUAACAGUGAGGGAACCCCUAGCAAACAUCAGGGCACAGACGAAAGAGCAAACAAAAAUGUCUACCGAGGGCGAUCCACAUUAUUCUACUGUAUCGGAUGAUUCUGACGAAAUGUACACAACUAUCCAAGAUCCAAAUAACCCCCUUUACACGAGUGGUAGCGAAACGUACGCCCAGAUCCAGCCCCUUCAGAUAACCGUGGCAGCAGAGGUGAACGCUGUUCCCCAAGGUAGUGUCUCGCCUUCGGGCAGUUUAGAUCCCAAUUACGAACUUGCCCCUCAACCCCCCAGCGUCGACAGCCUGAAACACGUCACCCAAAGUCACUCUAGACAAGCUUCCAAUUCAAGUUCCGUGGGUGUUUUGGGUUCUCCUAAGCCGGAAAAACGACAAGCAAACUCCCCCUUACCAGCUCCUCCCCCCGGAAACCUCGACGACAUGUACGCGAAAGUUCAUAAGGGCAACAAGAACAAAAACAGACCCGAAAAUAGCACUGGCAGCAGCAGUCCUAAUAACGAGGGGUCGAGAAGGUCGUCGGGGGCUUCUUCGCGUACUAGUUUCGAGAACGUUGCUAGUCAUCAUCAUCGAGCUAGUGUCAGGUCUUCCCAAAGUGACAAUCAUGUCACUGAAGAAAAGGAAAUUGAAGAACACGAUUACGAGACCCUUAAGAAAACCUCGUAUACUCCCAGGGGGAAUAAAGAGUGGCCCAAAUCGAGGCAGAGUGAUCCCUUCCAACCUGGCUAUGACACCAUCAACAGCCCGCCAAGUUUAGCCGAGUCAGAUCCAGGAUAUGAAGUUGUUAAGUCCGAAAGAGGUCCUAGAGCGUCCAGUUCGAGUGAACAAAACUGGUUACCCAAUCCUUCUGGGAGUGACAUUUACGUGAAACGGCCCCUUGCAUCGAGUGCCAACGCCCUUAUGGAUGGCUAUUCCGUGGUGAACAAGAAGAAAACCUCACCUUCGAAUGCCAGCAGCAGCUUUGGAAGUGACACCCCUCGAGACAUUAGCACGACUGAAGAACCAAACUAUGAGAGCAUGCCUAGUGAAUCGUUUUCGGAACACAAUUAUGCAGUUUUAAAGUCGGGCGGCAGUGACACUGACCCCAAUUACGAAUCUGUGAAUCACAACGACCCCAACUACGAGAGCGUUAAGUAUUUGGAUGUGGGUAUGCUCGAUGAGCCACCGUACGAAAGGUUGCAUGACGACGACUCUAGUAGGACUGAUAGUAGGGAAGUGCCUGGGUAUGAGAGGGUGGGAAAUAGUUUGAACUCAAAGGGUAGUGACAAUGAACAGGGUGAUAUGCCGGAUUACGAGACACUGCCCCAAAAGCGGACUAAUAAUGUUGUUAAUAGUGGAUUGGUGGGUGGCGGUGAUGAAGAUUUGGUGGUGCAAGUGUGAAUGCUCUUUUUCCUUUUUAAUUUUAAUUUUAAUUAUGUGGUGCUACUAAUGUAAUUAAAUAAACGAAUAAUGUUUUAUACGGUCGAAAAAAUGUUAAAGUACCUCUUAACAACAAUAUUUAUCAGGAUGUAAAUAAAAUUAUUUAUUAUUUUAAUAAAUACGAGAUUUUUUUGUAAUUA